AAUUGUAAAAUUGAAGCAUUGACGUCAAACCUUGACAGUCGCACUUUCGUUAUUCAGCGACCUUAAAAAUCGUGUGACGUCGCUAACUUUUAAGAUUUUUCUCUUUCAACUUCGCCUUUGAUAUUAAUUUUCACUUUCUUUUCUACCUCAACUUCAACAUUGCUCAAAUUACGCCAAAACCCGCAAAGCGAGGCUCGGCGGCACAUGGCGACUGAUCCUCGUGCUAUAAAUCCUUGGGCAUCGCAAGAGACCUUAAUAUCCCUGCUCCAUCUCGAUCCUACGCCGAUAGAUAAUGCGUCCGUCUACGACAAGGAGCUUCCGCCUUUACCCGAAGAGGCAUCGCGAUAUUCGGAUCCAAGUUUAAAGUCUUCAUCUCCAGGUUCAACUUCUACUCUAGGUCUGAGUGGUAGUGGGCGAGGUCCAAUAUAUUACUUAUCGCGAAUACAGCGCUACUCAUCCUAUACAUUUUCCUUCUUCGCCGGUCUCCAUGUCGCCAAUACCUCGAUAUUUCCUCUCGUAUAUCAGUCCGUUCCGUACUCCGAACCCUUCCUUCUUAUGGCACGCGAGCUUUAUCAGACACCCCUUACCGAACCUUUACUCGUCGGUCUCCCCGUCGUUGCCCAUAUUACGUCUGGUGUCGCAAUACGACUGCUCCGUCGACGACAGAAUCUGAAGCGUUAUGGUGGGGCAACACCUGGGAUUUGGGCCCUUCACCACUCAAAUCCAGCAUCAAAUCGCAAAAGUACCGUGAGAAUAUGGCCCUCUCUAAACUACAUCUCGAUAUCCGGAUAUGCUUUUAUAGGGCUGCUCGCUUCACAUGUCGGUAUAAAUCGAAUCUUACCCUUAGUAGUAGACGGCGAUAGCUCUAAUAUAGGGUUACAAUUCGUGUCUCAUGGCUUUGCUCGGCAACCGCUACCGCCAUGGAUCGCUUACUCUCUGCUAUUGUCCAUCGGGGUAGGCCAUAUGGUUUGGGGAUGGGCUAAGUGGCUUGAUCUCGCACCCCCUGCUAACUGGAAGAAAAUAACUGUAGAUAGGCAGAUGCGGAAGAAGAGGCGGCGCGCCUGGUGGGGGGUCCAGAGUGUCACCGUCGGGCUCAUGGCAUUAUGGGCUGCUGGCGGAUUAGGGGUCGUGGCAAUAGCUGGACCUGCCGAAGGCUGGCUUGCCACUGUCUAUGAUAAUAUCUAUAGUGCAGUCGGACACUAGGCGGUUGUCCUCUGGCUUGUAAGUGUGUAUAUACUCUUGCAUAGGCAUGUGGCAGCAUUCUGGAUCGGCAUCAGCGAUUAUCUAUCUAGGUAGGACUUAAGGUAUCCAACCUUUAAUAUAUAGACAUCUAACUCUGUCAAUACGAUUAUAAUCAAAAGAUAAAUUCAUAUGCUUCA